AUGAAUCAACAAGUCGUCGAGUUGUCGACAUCUCUAUCCGUCGACGUAAAGACAUCAGCUUGUCUUGUUGAACCAGAGCCACAGCUUGACGUGUUUAGCCCCACGAAUGACCUGAACAAGAACAAGAAGAAGAGAAAGAAGAAGAAGAAUCGACGCAAGAGCUUGGAAAAGAACGAGUUGAAGACAAUGAAGGAGAAAGAGGAAGAAACGGAGGGACAAGAGGAAGGAAAAGGGCUUUUCAUUGAAGCGAGUACAGGGUCUAUCGAGGCUUCUACAAUGAAAGCUGUGGUGAUCGAGAAGGAGAAGUAUGAGGAGGAGACGAAAGACAAUGCAUCAGAAUCUCAGUCUAUGGAGACAACAUCGUCUUUGGAUACAUUGAAGGCCUCGGGAACACGAGCUGUGGGGUCACUCUUUUCGAGGUUCAAGUUGGGACGUAAAAAGUCUCUGGCAAGUCCAAUUGAGUCGGCAACGAAACAGGUGAAUCUAUCACCAGUGGAGACGGCAGGAAAACAACUGGAAGUGCCAAAGGAAAGACGUGUCGAGGGAGGAGAGCCGAGUGUUUCUGUUAGUGCCAAGAAGGACCAGGGCGACGUCUUGGAGGAGCAGAAGAAGGAGGAGGAGGAGGAUGCAAUGCAGAUGACAUCUUUGAGUACCAAGUUGAAAGACGGAGUACAGAAACAAGCGAAAGAGAUCAAAGUGGUGGAUAGUUUGCUGUGUCAGUCGAAGACAGAUGCACCAGAGUCUGAUGGCCAAGUGCUGGGAGGUGCUGACUCCAAAGCUGAUGUGUCGAUUGAACGCGUCACGGAAUUUAAGGUUGAGGUUCACGGUCCUGCGGACGAAAAUGGAUCUACUACGACCGCUGUUGAAACGCUGAAGCAUGAAACAUUGAUUGCGUUGGAUACGAACGGAUCUACCAAUGAACAGGACAUAACAAAUGAGGUUCAAGAUGAGAAUGUAUCGGCGUCAGCGAAAAUUGCUACUAUUGAGCCGACGGAACGAAAUCAAUGCAGUACCGAUGUCGUGAUGAGUGAGCCUGUUCCGCUGAAGCUUGACCUUGACCUUGACCUUGACCUUGAUACUGACCAAUCAAUCUACACGACACAAAAUCAAGUUGAAGUGGAGAUCGCAAAUAAUGCUAGCCUUCAGUCGGACAAAGCUGCAGUUAAUACCUUCGUGAUUGGGGCAGGUGAUGCAAUAGCGUCUAGCAACAAGAACGAUGGCAAGCCUAUUGCUAUCGAACCGUUGGUGGCUGAGAUGGUUGGUACCGCAGCGCCUGACGAAAUUGCACAGAACGAGACUGCAGUAAGUGAGGACAUUGAUGUCAAUCCUUCAGUGACUGAGUCCGUCAAAGUUGUUGAAUCCAAUGAGUACUCGCCGAGCGAGGCUGUUGUUGUCGAACCGUUGGUGGCUGAUAUGGUUGUGACUGAGUCCGUCAAAGUUGUUGAAUCCAAUGAGUACUCGCCGAGCGAGGCUCUUGUUGUCGAACCGUUGGUGGCUGAUAUGGUUGGUACCGCAGCGCCUGACGAAAUUGCACAGAACGAGACUGCAGUAAGUGAGGACAUUGAUGUCAAUCCUUCAGUGACUGAGUCCGUCAAAGUUGUUGAAUCCAAUGAUUACUCGCCGAGCGAGGCUCUUGUUGUCGAACCGUUGGUGGCUGAUAUGGUUGGUACCGCAGCGCCUGACGAAAUUGCAGAGAACGAGACUGCAGUAAGUGACGACAUUGAUGUCAAUCCUUCAGUGACUGAGUCCGUCAAAGUUGUUGAAUCCAAUGAGUACUCGCCGAGCGAGGCUGCUGUUGUCGAACCGUCGGUGGCUGAUAUGGUUGGUACCGCAGCGCCUGACGAAAUUGCACAGAACGAGACUGCAGUAAGUGAGGACAUUGAUGUCAAUCCUUCAGUGACUGAGUCCGUCAAGGUUGUUGAAUCCAAUGAGUACUCGCCGAGCGAGGCUGCUGUUGUCGAACCGUCGGUGGCUGAUAUGGUUGGUACCGCAGCGCCUGACGAAAUUGCACAGAACGAGACUGCAGUAAGUGAGGACAUUGAUGUCAAUCCUUCAGUGACUGAGUCCGUCAAGGUUGUUGAAUCCAAUGAGUACUCGCCGAGCGAGGCUGUUGUUGUCGAACCGUUGGUGGCUGAUAUGGUUGGUACCGCAGCGCCUGACGAAAUUGCACAGAACGAGACUGCAGUAAGUGAGGACAUUGAUGUCAAUCCUUCAGUGACUGAGUCCGUCAAGGUUGUUGAAUCCAAUGAGUACUCGCCGAGCGAGGCUGCUGUUGUCGAACCGUCGGUGGCUGAUAUGGUUGGUACCGCAGCGCCUGACGAAAUUGCACAGAACGAGACUGCAGUAAGUGACGACAUUGAUGUCAAUCCUUCAGUGACUGAGUCCGUCAAAGUUGUUGAAUCCAAUGAUUACUCGCCGAGCGAGGCUCUUGUUGUCGAACCGUUGGUGGCUGAUAUGGUUGGUACCGCAGCGCCUGACGAAAUUGCACAGAACGAGACUGCAGUAAGUGACGACAUUGAUGUCAAUCCUUCAGUGACUGAGUCCGUCAAAGUUGUUGAAUCCAAUGAGUACUCGUCGAGCGAAGUUAUAUCGACUGACAAAACGGAAUUGAUGGCUGUCAAGGUUUCACCGCCGACGUCUGAGCUACCUGUUGUAGUUGCUGCGCCAGCAAUACUAGAAAGGACGUCACCUGUGAAGAGUCUUGCCAGCCGCUUUGAAGGCAAGAAAGAACAGUCUCUAGACAGCUUAAAGUUUCGCACUGUGCGGGAAUUUUUCCCUCAGGAAAGCAGCAUCCGUGUAGGAGCGGAGAAAAAGAAGUACGAAGCACAGGCGCAGCAGCAGAAACUAAAGGCGAAAGCAGAAGACAAAGCAAAGGCGAAGUACAAGCCUGGAUCAGGCUUCAAAUCUCCUGAAAAAGAUGCUGUGUUUGGCGCAUCUUCACCAGCACUCAAGAACUCGGCUUUAGCUGUCCAAGAGUCAGUAAUGACUGAUGUAAACGGUGGUGAUCCUGUUGUCUUUACCACACCUGACACUGCUGCAAGCAGAAAGAAGUUCAGUUUUGAUGAGGAAUAUGCAGCUACUGAUUCUUCAAGCAAGUUCAGCGACGAUGUGCAAGAGUCCUUGACGCCUGUGAAAAGAAUUGCCAGUCGUUUUGAAGGCAAACACGAGCAAUCGCUUGACAAUUUGAAAUUUCGCACUGUUCGUGAGUUUUUUCCUGAUGGAGGGAAGCGCAGUAUCCAUGUUGGUGCGGAAAAGGCGAAAUAUGAGGCUAUCAGAAAGCAACAGGAGGAAGCAACGAUGACCACAGAGCACGCUAGGCCAAAAGUCACUGCGCUUCUGCCUACUCCGACGCCUGUUGAGCGGGAAAACUUCGUGGAAGCGGCUAGUGUUGAUGCAGUAGUUACAACGUCUUUGUCAUCGCUUGAUGAAGUUUGCACUGAGAUGACAACAGGUGUUACGCUGAGUCCUUCAGAACCGAACAACGCUGCAGCUGUCGAGUCAGCCGAUGAUAGCGUCAAAGGUGUUGCAGUCGGUAGUUUGAGUGUGGAUGAUGAAGCAGGGACUGCUGUGGAAAAAUCUCCGGAAACGAGUUGUGUUUUGCCUUCUACCAGUACUGACACGGUUAGCAUUACCGUCAUCAAAGAGGACAUGCUUGCUGCCCCUGGCGUACUGGGCGUAGCGGAAGAAAUUGUUGAUACUUCGGUGGCCAAACCGGUUUCUGUUGACAGCGGCAAGUGCAAGGCGACGGUGGAGGCGAACGAGAAAACUACGAUUAAUCAAGGAUCUGGUAAGGCUGUGUCGAAAUUUAAUACCGAACUUGUUGAGCUUACUCUUGCAGACAAUAACCGACGCGCCGACACUGGUAUCACCGAAGCUUCUCUCGCCAACACGCAUGCCAGCCUUAAUAUCGAACAGAAUGCGAAGAGCGAAGAAGUUGAAGACAUUGAUUUCAAGAUUGAUAGUGGACUGGACAAGCAAAGUUUUGGAGAGGCUGUUGUAAACACAUCAUCUGAAUGGGGCGGUGGCGUCAUAAAAGAAGGUGAUGUUGGCGAGCAAGUGAAUGUCUUGCAAGCUCCCACCAGCAAAAACGCCGCUGAAGAAAACGCUGCAAACAGUGAGCUGAACGAGCAAGAUAUUGGUAAACCCGUUGAGGGUGUUCUGAUUAGUUCCUCUGUUUCUACUGGCGAAGUCACUAUUACCGGCGGGGAGAGUGAAAGUGUGGACAUUCAGCAAUUUGCAAACAAUAACGAAGCAAGUACAGAAUCUCAAGUCCAAGUCCUUGAAAGCGCUUCUAGUGCUGAGAUUGGGCUCACGGAACUGGACUUGGGAAAACCUGAUGUUGUAACUUCGAAAGAGCAGAUGAAGCAUGCAACGAAAAAUAAUUCACGGCCAAUAUUGACUACGGAGCAAUUAUAUGUGAUGGAGGAUGACCACACUAUUGAGACUGCGGAGACGGUUGUUGUAGGCGAGCGACCAAUGACCGACGGCGAGGAUGACUUUGAACACCUGUCACUCACGAAGGUACGCCCCUCUCACGAGGUACAUUCUGGGAGUACGUCGCCGAAGUCAACGAAAGCUUCGAUAAAGCAGACGUCAGCGAAGCCAUUCCCAAAACUGACUCGCAAGGUUUCUGCUGCAUCAGUGGAAUCAGUCAAAUCGACAUCAGUCAAAUCGAUAUCUGCCAAAUCAGCCGUUUCUAUACCUGCGAAAUGUGCUUCUACGACUGCGCCAACUGCAGCUUCCAUGGCUCAAAAGACACUGAACGUAAACAAAUCGCACAAGGAUUCGCUACAGCCCAAAAAGAAACGAUCAGCACCUGAAAUCAAGGGCACAGUCAGCAAUGCUGGAUGUAUUGAGCCCCCUCCAGCUGCUCCAACCGUUCCGGUCCCCAUGAAGCGAGUGUCCAUCACAGCGUCUUCUACUUCGUCGCAUGCUAGGAAUGUUGCGGACCAUGAUAGUAAGGUAAGGCACUCGCUCCGUGCUUUGACGACCCAUGUGUCGAAAACGAAGGAUGCAGUUGGUCGAAGUGGUUUUGUAAAGCCUUCUUCAUCAACGGUUUCUGUGGCGCCGAAACGCGCAUCGAUCACGGCCCGAUCUGCUUCUUUUAGGGCGAGAAAUGCUGCUGAGCAUUUGGAAGAUAUCAAUGUUGCAGUUCCCUCGGCUCCGUCCCGAAACAAAAGGUACAUCAACGUCAAGAGUAAAGUGUUUGCUGGGAUCCAGUCUGGUUUAAUGCAGACAACUUCUCACAAAACCAUUACAAAGGAGGAAUUUAUUGCAGCUGAGCGCCGAAAGAGUCUAGGAUCGGCAGGGGUAAGAAGUGUGCUGGGUGCAGGUAAUCGACGUGCAUCUCUCGCUGCUGGAGCAACUAUUGCUGGCCCACCUGAACCAUUUGUGCGUUCAGCCUUGUCACGCAAGAAACUGAACUCGACGCCUCCUCGUUAUAUGAAUUACGAGAAUACGCCAGGUUAUGCUGAACGGGCACGACAGCAGUACGAGCGACGCAAACGACUAGAAGAGGAGAACGCUGCGAAGUCUGAGAAGCGUCAGCGUGAGCUGCGUACAUUUUUCUCUAACAAACAGCAGACACCGCUGAUGUCGAGAACUGAUGAUGAAAUUUGUCGCGGCUCGGAGCUUUACGAAGUCGCAAAGCUAGCGAAUGAGAAUGAGAUUGCAGAUCAAAAAGUGAUGCGGGCAGAAAGACAACGCACUGGCCCUACUCGUAGCUACCGCCGGGCUCCUUCUGCUACCUCUAGCGCUGGUACUUCAUCGUCGAAUGGUGUUCCAUCCCGUACAUCCAAGAAGUCGUCCGUGUCGUCUGUAGCUGAGAAGGUCGUCUCGGCGCCUGCACUGGACGCGACUGAAAUGGAAAGUGAAGAAGUGACUGAAUGUACAUUUGUGACAGAGGACACCGUCGCCGAUGCUGGAAUAGACUGCUAG